AUGAACAACAGACCGACAAUAACGGUUUCAAGAAUGGAGAAUCGACAUGCGCCAUUAGCACACAUCAACCUCGUGAUGGGUAGGGAUGCUAGCGAGGACGAUGAAGCACAGGCCAGAGCUCGAGCAAUGGGAUUAACAGUUGGAACAGCUCCCUCAUUUAGAAGCGCUGAACGUGCUGCGAAACGUAGGGAGUACUACAUGAAAUUGGAGCAAAAGCAGCAAGCUUUGGAGGCAGAAAAGAUAGAAUCCGAAAUGAGAGCCAAGGAGGAAGAAGAAGCUGCUCUAAAGGAAUUCCGAAGGAGCUUAUUUGUUAAAGCACAUCCUGUUCCAAGUUUUUAUCGUGAAGGACCUCCACCUAAGGUCGAACAUAAAAAGAUGCCUGUGACACGUGCCAAAUCACCAAAGUUAACGCGUGGAAGGAGUUGCAAUUAUGAGUUAACCCAUUCGUCCAUAGAAGAGAAAGGCUCGUGUUCACGGACUGCAUCUCUUAGGGGUCGUAGUGUUACACCGAGCUCUGGUAGGAACAAGUGAUGGCAUGUGAAAAUACAUCCUGUAAUUAAGUUGACAAUGGAGAGCUAAAAAAAAAGUUCUGAAUUUUGUAAAGUUUAUAAGGUAUGUAUUAGGGUGUA